AUGUCUUGCCAAAGACAAGGAGUCCGCAAGCGAUCUGGGUGCGCCAAGUGCAAAGAGCAGCACAUCCGCUGCUCCGAGGAACUGCCCCGAUGCGGGCGUUGCCAGCGCCUCAACGUCGAAUGCGUGCGCGGGUUGAAACUGGUCUUUCGCGAGGAUGCCAUUCAGCGAGGCAUCAAAUUUGGCCGUGAAGGCGUUUGGACGAAACGACCCGGCACCAUGCGCAAGCCAAUCAACAGAGCCAUCUUCCAAGGGGUGCCUCUUGACCAGUAUGUUAAUCGGUGGGUCUUUCUAAAUUUGGGCAACGCCGACUUCCACGAUACCCACAGCGCGCCACGCCCUCAGUCUCGUCGCAGCGGCUCUGUCACUGCUUCCUGGACCCCAACGCCCACGAGCCCCAUCUUCAACCACCCUCUUCAAUCCUUUCCAGACACUGAGAGUUACCUCCUCGACUACUUCAUCCGCGGUAUCGGCCCGGCCUGCACUUUGAGCGAGCUGCACAACCCCUAUGUAUCACUCUUGGUCCCUCUUUGCUUUGUCUCCAUCACCCUUCGUCACGCGCUACUAGCCGUUGCUGGAAGCCAACGAUGUCUCCUCGGCGAAGACCAGUUCACGGAGCAAACCUGUCGCUACAAAGACUUGGCGUUGCAGGGCAUCCGGCAAGAGAUAUCUACUGGGAUGCAUGGUGAUGCCACAGUCGCAUCCAUCCUGAUGUUGUGCUUUCAAGAGAUAUCAGAUGACUGCUCUUUGUCAUGGGUUGUUCACCUUCGGGCUGGCUUGAGACUUGUCGACGACAGCACGACCAACAGCGCAUCUGAUCUAUGGAAAUUCUUCAGAAUGUAUUUUGUUGCCCAUCAGAUUAUGAGCCGUACAGCAUCCGAGUUCUGGCCAGAAGACGAGAAAUCCCAGUUAUGGCCCGACUGCGAAAACCUAGAAGAAGUAUUGUGGCCUCUGCUCUCGCUGUCGUUAGCCAAUACUGAUUUUCACCAGUUCGACAUGCUCAUGGGCUGCUCCCGUGGUCUCAUGACCUUAAUCAACAGAAUCUCGAUCCUUGGAUCCGAGAAAGAAAAGAUACUGAAAGUCCGGGCUCUGACGCCCCGCGAAGUUGAGAAAUACGACAAUAUGGCCUCCGACAUUGGGACAGCCCUAUUGUCGCUAAGGCAGAAGCUCCCGAAAGACGCAGCGGGGAGAAAAGACCUCAAAUUGGUCGCGCGAGUCAAACAUCUAGCAGCCUUGCUCUACCUCACCGAGCGCCUUGGUCAUUUCAGCCCGAAGCCCGGGAGCCAUUCUGCAAGAACUUGUGCAUCUUUCAACGUCACAACAUGGGAUGUUGAAGAUGUAGAGCCAUGGGUGUUCACAAAUUCCGAACCGAGUUCAAGUAUGCGGGAGCAAAGAGAAAAUGCGCACUACAGUGGAUGGAACUCCUUCUCCUCUCACACAUCAUCAGAAGAUUAUGUGGACAUCCGGCAUGACGGGAAGAUUCUGCUUCAUGCAGGAUCCAAAAAGCAGCUCGUAUCAUCCAUGGUCAAGUUGAUCUCUAUGCUUCCAGACAUGUCUACUCUACUGUGGCCUCUAUUUGUGCUCGGCAACGCGAGCUUGGAGAAUGAAGAGCAAAGGCGGUUUGUUCUGGACCGACUGGCUAGCAUGCAAGAGAUGGAGAAUCUGGGGAGCGUCAGGAGAACCAUCGACGCUGUGAGGCACGCCUUCACGACUCAAGGUCUCCUGACAUCAGUUGGUAGACGAGCUUUACCACGAGAUUCUAACUAUAUCAUGCAUAACGGAGCUAGGUCUAGCGACCUAGGCGAGCUAACCUAUCUCUUAGUUUUAGAAGCUAUCUAUGACGGCAGUCACAGCUAUGGGCACCUUAGCCACUGCGCCACGAAAUUAAAUAACUCUAUGCCUAGCUAUUACUUAUAA